AUGUCGGAUCGAGAUGACAGUUCAACGCAGUCCUUGUCAGAUUUCUCUGACAGUUUCCCUUCCACCACCACAAUCAGUACAGUCGCAGUUCAAUCUGGACAAUCAAAGAUUAUCCUGGCUGUUAUGAGAUGUGGCACCUGGAUAAAGGUGAGAAUUCAACGCAUGGAACCAGAUCUCUACGAUAUCGGUUCAAGUGGCACCUCAGCGGAGGUACGUCAGCUGUUAGAGCAGCACGCCAGCCUCGUCUCGAAAUUGGCGGCCAAACAGGACCAGAUUUCAGAGCUCCUCACGCGGGCCGAAGAGAUGGUGUCCCAGCAGCCGACAGAGGGCCAGGCUCGCGUCUACUCGGCCAUAUCCUCAUCCCUCAACAAGGCAUGGCGAGAGCUCCUCGACGUUCUCGGCAAACGGGGCCACCUCCUCCAAUUGGUGGCCGAGUGCUUUGAAAAUGCUGAGACCGUUCAUGGUGCUGUCGCUAGAAUAAUUGAUGCCUCUGCCUCAGGUGACUGGGGCGAUUCAAUAGAAUCAGUUCAACGACUAAUUCAGGAACAUGAGGAGCUGAAGCGUGUGGAGCUGAUGGAACCGAUCCAUCGGAUGUUGGAGGCGGCCAAUGGGGCGUUGGAUUUGCUUACCCGAAUGGCCGUUCGUACUGGGCAGACACCUGAGUCUGGGUUGACUCGAACUAGUGCCGAGACACGCGAGCGCAUCGCUGCGGUCACCGGAGAUGCCAACGAGGCUCAUCGUCUAGCCGAAAAUGCCUGGGAGCGACGUGCCAAACUCCUCCAACUCCGUUUAACGGUUGUCAGACUCGAAAUUGAACACGAACAAGUUGUCGAGUGGUUCUCGAGGGUUGGAGAACCAAAUCUAGCUGCCACAUUGCCUCGCACCACCCUUCAAGAAUGCGAAACUGCAAUGGAGGCCUUGAUGGGCCUCGCAAUAGAUGCUCGUGAAUAUCAGCAUGUCAACAGUCGUCUAGUUCGUCAGGCUCAACAGCUUAUUCUUCCAAGGGGCGAAACUGAAGAACCUGAUCUGGAAAUGCAAACUGCUCACAAGGCUCUCGUGGAUCGGUUCGUCACGGCAGAGAAUUACAUUUGGGAAUUUAUCGAUCGCAUCGAAUCCCGCCGACGAUGCCUCCAGGCUAGCAUUAUAUUUUUCAGUGAAGCCGCAGUGCUUCUUGACCAUCUUAAGAUCCUUGAAGGCGACAUUAGUGUCGCUAGCACAUCGCGACAGGAGGUUCGUGAUGAGAUCCUCCAGCGACUCACUGAACUGGAGAUGCGAGUACCCGGACUUCGAGAGAUUCUAACCGAUCUUCGCUCACGGGUGGACGAAAAGCCAUCUGUCAUAGCACUGAGUCUGACACCUACCACCCCAUCACGAUCUGUAUCGCCUCUAACCCCGACUGCGGAUGCUGCGAUGUCAGCAAAGCUAAAUGAAAUCGAAGAUAUUAUCACCCGAUGCCGCAGGCUGUGUAGUGGCUUUCCAGGCCGCGAAAUCAAAGAUCAACAAUCUAAAGAAAUUGACUACAGGCUCACUGCUCUAUGGCGAUGGACUCAGGAGAAGAUUGAUGGGGUUUUAAGAACCCAUCAGUCACCAGGAACAACAAUUUCUUCCGUAUCAGACUUUGAAGACCUUCACAAACAUCUCGAAAGGCAAAUGGCCAGUCAACAGCGCGAAAUUUCUACUCUUAACACACUUAUUUUAUCACUACCUCCGACUUCCGAAAAACAAAAUUUCCAGCACCGAUUGGAUGAGAUAAUCGAAGCAUGGACACAUCAUCGCCGCACCGUUACCAUCCGCUUGCGCAUUGCUGACGACCUGAAUCGUCUGCUAAGGCGCAUUCGAGAGGACGAGUAUUACUACCAAGCGUUGAACGAUCGCCUCAAGUCAGUCGCUGCUGAAACUCCACUGACAAGCAGUGAUGUCAACUUGCGUGUCAGCCAAGAACUACGAGAAGGCGAGAUUUCUCAUAUCCACUCAGACCUUUUGGAGGUCCGAUCACGUCUCGAAUCUCAGCAGCGGACACUGCAACAGGCCCUUGACGAGCUUUCCAAUGUCAACGCUACCGACGCAGACAAAACAGAACUACAGAAUUUCUAUCGAAGCCAAAUUCAGUUGAAUUUGGAACGACUGCAUCACCUGGAGGAGCAGCUGAGUAGUCUCCUUUCAACCAAACAGAUUUGGCUUUCAUGGGACGAGAAGUGGAACGACUUUAAGAAUUCCGCUAGGCGGCUCGAUGAGGCGAUGAGCAGUUCUCGAGCGCGCAUCGUGCAAUCAUCGCGACCGCAAAGUGUGCCUGCAGUGGAAGCCGCUCUGGCAGAGCACACACGCGAUGGUGACUACGUCAAUCAAUUAAUUGCGGAAGUGAACGCCAAGGCCAACACUCUUGCUUCAUUGGUUGGUGCAGAGCCCACUGUUACUGACGGACCCUCGCGGGUGCGUCGGUAUGUGGAGGUACCGUACACCACCCCAGGUCCCAUUGAUACAGAGUUAGCGAAAUCGGUGAAAUCAGAACUCUGCAUUGCCACCGCGGGCCUGGAGACCCGAUCCAAAGACUGGGAGCGCGUCUUCAAUGCGCACAAACAUACCCUCGAGGAGCGUGCCAAACAACUGACCAGGAUGAUAGAGAUGGAUAAAGUUGAACGUGAUCUUCAGGACGCAGAGUCCGAAUUCCAGCGCAUUAGCAUCACGGUAAAUCUUGACUCGCCAAUGGCACAAAUUGAGCAAGCCGAUGAAAAUCUCCGAGCCCUUGAGCGUCGAAUACCGGAGUUGAAAAGCCGUAUUCAGAGCACCGCCUACCUUCCCAGAAUGCAGCUCAUUCGAGGACCCUCAGAUCUACUGGAAAUUAGUGGCGCAGAUUUACCGAUGCUGGAGGAGAGGCAGCGUCAACUGGAGACUCGUGUGUCAAACCUGGUAGCUGGAACCGCUAAAUGCCGAACGGAGGUGAAUUUGACACUUCAACUGCUUCGUGCAGUGCGAGAAGCAGAGAAUCGUCUAUCGAGUCUGACGGUGGACUUGGGAAGAAGCAGCGACCACCUUAAGAGCCUUGCACCCGACGAUCAAGUGUCAAUGCAUCAAAUCAUUGCCGACAUUGAAAAGCAAAGGGACCGUGCUCAGAAAUACGCUGAUCAACACGUACCACAGCUUCAAUCGCUAGCCGCUCAAUUCCCAGGUGAUCAAGCGCUAAUCAAGGUACAACCUAUAAUUCGACGCUUCCAAGAUUCGACAGAGGCUUUGAAUAAGCUGGUGGAAGACGUACCUGUGCGAUCGGAACAGUUGGUCGACGUUGCCCGCCUCCAAGGUCCUGUGGUAGAGGCUGUGGAGGUGGUGGCCAGUCACCAAAUGCAUCUUCCCCGACCCAGGCCCCCCACCAUCCUUAGGCCACUGCCCAACAUCCACGUUGCCGAAGGGACACGCGUCUCUCUGAUGACCACCUUCGAUGCUGGCAUUCCACAAGGAUAUCCAGAGCCGGUGGACAUUGAGGGCACAUGGCAUAGAGAUGGUCUUCCGGUGACUACCCCAGACUACCGCACCAGCAUGGACCAACACUCAGCGAGUCUAACAAUCGAAGAAGUCUUUGGCGAUGACUCUGGUGUAUUCACUUUUCGCCUGAAGACACCCUUUGGAGAAGCAGAAACCUCUGGUUCUCUAGUAGUCUCAGAGACUCACAAAUCGAUUUCCUCAAUUCAUGAAGAAAUGAUAACCCCGACCAAGCGAAGGAAACCACAACAGGCUCCUCCAAGUUUCCCACCUUUCAAGGAAGAAACUGGAGAGGCUCCGAGAUUUACAAGACCACUUCGAUCAACGGAGGUUGGGGAAAACCAAUCCAUCAUGCUAGAGUGCCACGCAACUGGGAGUCCAGUGCCGACGAUAGCGUGGUUUAAAGAUGGCAUCAGCAUCGACAACAGUCCUGAAUACGUUGUUUUCGAAGUGAACGGUUCUUGCGCCAUUAAGAUUCGCAAGGCUAAUGCGCCUGUUCAUGAUGGCAACUACACUUGUCGAGCAAGGAACACCCAUGGCGAAGCCAUUACCACCUGCCAACUUCACGUCAAGCCAAUCGAACCACCUCGUAUAGUCUAUCCCCUCUCCGAUAAGCAGGUUCCCGAGGGCCAAUCACUUGAACUUAAACUCACGUUUAAGGGCACACCCCCUAUACGUGCUGAAUGGUACGUCAAUGAUGUGCCUCUGGAAUCCGUUCAAAGCUCCGCUAUUCCAAACAUUGUUGGCGAUAAAGCAGUUUUGAAAUUGCCAGCAACAUACCAGCAGGAUGCCGCACAAUAUACGUGUGUGCUGAAAAAUUCUGCAGGAGAGGCUCGAAGUUCCUGCCAGGUAGAUUUGCGACCACGACGCGUUGAGAGGCCGUUGAAUAUCGAGGAGUUGAUUGACGCGGCCUCGGUGCCACCUGCACGUCGACCACCUUCACAAUCGCCGUUGCAAGAUGGACAGCAGUCGCCUAUUGCUAGCUCCCCCAGACUCCCAAUAGCUCCAUCUAGACCAGAAUCUCUGGAUCGGGGAAAGAUUUCUCCUCGUUCAGUCUAUUCUCCGGUCAGCGUAGAGGCCAGGCCUCCGUGGAGAGCGACCUCGGUCCCUCCACAACUCUCCAGUAUCUAUAGGACUGAACAUCAUAGAGAUCUCCUUGCACCUAAACGAACAUUUUCGCCUGGCCAACUACCUCCGCAAUUCACUCAACCACUGCACAAUGCUGCAGCCACGGAAGGCCAAAUGGUGCGCCUUCAGUGCCGAGUUCUCGGUCGACCAAGGCCACAAAUUGAUUGGUACAAGGAUGGUGCAUCUUUGACUCCUGCACCCAACUACGCUAUUCGCGCAGAGGGUGAUAGGCACUGGAUUGAGUUUAGUGACAUCUAUCUGACCGAUCACGGAGAGUACUCGUGUGUUGCAACCAACCCUGCUGGUGUGGCAAAAACCUCAUGCCGAAUGGAUGUUGAACCACUGUCAAGUGGCGACGAAUCAGUGGACCGAACACCCCAGAUUGUCAAAUCCCUCCCACGCUAUUUGACAAUCAAUGAAGGCGAGGGUGUAACCCUAGAGUGUAGCUUCGUUGGGCGUCCAGAACCUUCGAUAACAUGGUACAAAGACUCGGUGCCUCUUCAGGCAUCACCUAAUGUUGAGAUUUCACAGGUGGGAUCUACGGCCGUACUGAAUAUGACUGAUUCCAAUAUCCAAGAUGCAGGCGUAUAUAAGGCCGUUGCCUCAAACCGUGUUGGAGUGUGCCAAUCCGAAAUCCACGUAAACAUCUUGCCGACGGGCAAAGGACCCAGACCUAUGGAUGCUUUGCCUCUUCAGGAAGGACCUCCACGAUUUACUAAGCCUAUUCGCGAUAUCCACAUGGAACCUCGUUCACCGAGACUUUCACGCUUUGACUGUUUCGUUUUGGGCAUUCCCCGACCAACCGUUGAAUGGCGACACGCCAAUCAGAAGAUCGGGCCCGAGGACCAGCGCUACCACAUCACUGCCGACAGGCCUCCUGGCGUGCAUACUCUCACCAUUCUCCAACCGAGCCAAGACACUGCUGGUCACUACGAAGUUUUGGCUGAGAACAUCCACGGAAGUGCCACGUGCUCAGCUACUGUCUACCUGCCGCGCAAACGGUCUCUUUCCUCACUGACUUCACUUUCCCCGGUGGUUUACGCAACACUGCCCCGUCAAACAUCGCCGUGGAGACAGAUCAGCCCAGCUGCUUCAGUGCACGUAAUUCCGACAUACGCUACCCAGACGACGCGACGCUUUAUGCGCGAGGUCUCUGAACCACCGGAACUGCGGAGAUACACUUCAACAACACAACUGCACGUAAAUGAACGGCACACUACACCACCUGUCCAUUUCACUUUCCGUUUGCCACCAGAGAAGGCAAUGAGCAAGGUGGAGGUUAUGAGACCGAUUGAGUCGAUGCCUUCUCCACGACCUCAAAUUAAGCAUGCUAGUAGCCUUACAGUACUGAAUAAGAUGCAAGUGUGCCCCGUAGUUCCCUUGCAAGAGACCAUUGUGCAACAUCGUGUCGCCAGUCACCCGCGUCUGUCUCCGGGUUACGUUUCAACCGAAGACCUAAUGCGGCCUAUUGAAGUGGUUCCAAUGGUUCCCGUCUACGAGACUCGACGGGUUCUAGAGUCUCCACAGCCUAAACCUCUCAGAAGAACUGUAUCACAAGACAGAUUCAAAGUAUCGGUUGAGGCUCUUAUUCCAUCUCGUCCCGUGCUUGAGUCGAACAUGGCAACUGAGGUGUUUCACCACAAGACCAUCCAAGUGACGCCCAUAGUUCCGAUGUACCGAACUCAACGGGAAGCCUCUGUGGCCAGCCAACCUGCCCUAGAACCUGGUUACACUAGUGAAGGCGAAUUCGAGCACAGCAUUGAUGUCGUACCAAUGAUUCCAAGCUACAAGACUGAAACAGAGCGCUCAGUGCCUGCUCGUCCCUCUCUUGAAACCGGAUUUGAGUCGAAAACAAGUAUUGAACGUAGAAUGGAAAUUGAAAGAGAGCUGACAGAGCUGCGUUAUAAAACACAAAUGGAGCGACCUGUGCCAGCGCAGCCACAACUCGUUCCUGGAUACGCAACCACGAUGGAUGUUGAACAUUCUAUGGACGUUGUUCCGUUGAUUCAAAAGCCUGAGGAACGUUUCCAAACAAGCUACUCUACCGACGUCAGCGUUCAGUACGUUCCCGUCGAUUUGGUUGUCGAACUUCCUACUCCUCCAAAGUUUGUUCAACACCUCAAUAAUGUUGUUGCUGAGGCGGGAUCCCAAGUUGUCCUAGAGGGCAUCGUAAGCGGCAAACCUACUCCAUCCAUUUCAUGGUUCCGGAAAUCCACUCCACUCACGGAUUCUCCUGACUUCCGCUUAGAAUACUGUCCUGAUGGAACUGUUAGACUUACUCUUAAAGAGGUAUUUACCGUGUCCUUAUCUAUGAUUCAUGAAGCAGAUGUUGGACCCUAUCGUUGUGAAGCUUCGAACAUCGCCGGGACUGCAGAUAGCUACGCCUAUUUGACCAUCACUGCAAAAGCAAUUGCACCGAGAUUUGUUAAGGGGCUUGAUAAUGCCACUGUUCUGGGAGGAAACACCAUACGUCUAACUGUCAAAGUUGAAGGACAACCGAAACCGGAUGUUAAGUGGACUGUCAACGGUUGUGAAAUCACUAGUUCGCCUGAUUUCGUGAUCGACGAAACUGCUGAUGGUGUGCAAUCUCUGACUAUUUUGCAUGCUCUUAAAACGAAUGCUGGUCGCUAUUCCGUGGUCGCAAAGAACGAAGCUGGAGAAGCCAUCACGUCAGGCACAGUGACUGUUCUAGAAUCACUUCCUCCGUCAACUCUGCCGUCUCCAAGACCUGUCGGAGAAGAGGUUACUAGGACAGAGGUUAAUGUUCCUUUAGCCAUGCCGACGCCAGGACCCACAAUAGCGCCUACUCCUGAAGCUCCUAAGUUCACUAAACUGUUGCCACGAUGUCGAACAGUAGAGGAAGAGACACCUAUGGUUUUGACAGUGGAGGCCAAAGCCAACCCAAUGCCUUUCUUGCACUGGUAUCGCAACGGAACGCCUCUGGAAACCGGGCCGAACUACAAGGUGUCUCAGUUUGGUCCAAACCUCGAAAAUAUCAGUGCAAUUCAACCAGAGUCAGUUAGGAUGGUCGGUGAACUGGAAAUGUCAAGAGCAACUCCAACAGACGCUGGAAUGAUUGUCUGUAUUGCUGAGAACCCGUACGGUCGUGCAGAGACAACAAUGACUUUGGACGUGAUUCCUAAACCGGAACCUCUACAACCUAGUGUCCAACCUCCAACCCAGGCCAAUCCACAAAAACCUUGGUUCACCAUUCCCCUUCAACCGACUAUCACCUUGCAAGCUGGAGCUCCUCUCACUCUUUCUACGGAGGCGAUGGGUAAUCCGCUUCCAUUCCUUCACUGGUAUCGUGAUGGUCACCAGCUCGAUUCGACUCCUGAACACGACAUAACUCAAGUAGGGCCGGAGCUGGCUAAGCCGGAGGCUCUCUUAGAUGGUCCUGUCUCAAUGACCGGACGUUUGAUCAUCAAUGAACUUUUCCCUACCGAUUCUGGUACCUAUCGGUGCGUAGCAGAGAAUUCCGCUGGACAAGCUGAAACCUUUAUGACAUUGAAUGUUCUUCCACCACCAGUUGAAAAACAAGGUCAGCGUCCGCGGUUUGUUAGGCGACUAGCUCCAACCACUCAGUGCAAAGUGGGAGAAACGGUAGUAUUAGAAACGGAAAUAUCAGGUCAACCACCUCCACGAGUUUCCUGGUACCGCAGUGGACUUGAAAUCUAUCCUGAUUUCAAGUACCGAAUGGAGGAAAACCCAAACACUGGAAUAUACCGGCUUGUCAUUCAGUCCAUCGCACAAGAGGACGUAUGUGAGUAUGCGGUGCGUGCUUGCAACGAAUACGGAUCGGUGGAAUCAAUUACUCGACUGACUCUCAUCCAAGAGUACACUGAGGUGACUCGAAUUGACUUACCUAGGACUCUAGCACCAGUUACCGUGGAAGUUCCAUAUACACCCACUGAAAAAACCCAGCUGGAUGUUCAAGUAGAGUCAACGUUUUCUCCCGUUGUAAUGGCUGUGGAGGUGAAAAGGCCCCGUCAACAUCUUAGUGAAUUGGAGAUGGAACUGAAACAACCACGAAUGGAAUUUCAGCCGAUAACUGUGGAGUUCCCACAUCCUGAAAGAAGUGGUCAACCGGCAGUGUUUGUUCGUCGUCUUCCCGAUUCCUUGACGCUGGAUGAGAAUGUUCCCGCGAGGAUUGUUGCUCAAAUGUCCGGUAUUCCAUUACCUUCCGUCAACUGGCUAAAGGAUGGACAGCCACUCAAGUCAAGUGAUAGAGUAUUUACAUCCGUCGAGCCUAACAACAUUUUGGUUCUUCAACUCAUCCAACCAAGGCCAAUUGAUAGUGGAACCUAUACAGCCAUUGUUACCAAUUCCUUGGGUCAGGAUACAUCCUCUGUGCAGGUCAACCUCAGUGCUCCUCCAGAACCCAAACUUGAGGAACCUAUGUUGGAAAAGAUGGGUGCUCCACCGAACUUCACAAAAGCUCCAUUUCCUCUUCCACCACAGACGGACAGUCAGAAAGACGUGAUUCAGUCCCCAAGCGUGUUUACAUCUAUGGAGGGAGCACCAGUAAAGUUUGAGGUUCAGGUUUACGGAGUUCCAGAACCCAGUGUUUCCUGGUUUUUAAACGACGUACCAGUGCGCCUGGAUUAUAAGCACAAAAUGCUAAAACUUCCCGAGUCGGUACAUUGCCUCACACUGGAAGCGCCAACAUCACUCACCGAUAGUGGAACAUAUCGAUGCGUCGCCAGCAACCCUUUCGGGGUUAAGGAAAUUGUCUUUCCUGUUACCAUUGAACCCAAACCUCAGCAGGUUACUGCUCCUCCGAGAUUCACAAAGAAGCCUGCUCCAAAAAUUGUUGCAUUACCAGGGCAACCGCUCCUACUUGAAGCUGAGUUCAUGGGCAUUCCUGCACCUGUGAUUUCUUGGCACAAGGAUGGAAGACUCAUUUCUCCUACUGAAGUGUCAAGUGGACGCGUCCAAGUUCUUGUCACAAAAAAUACAACCACAUUAUCUGUUGCUGAAGUCAAACCUGAAGAUGUUGGGAUCUGGCAGUGUCUUGCCUCGAGCACUGCUGGUUCAGCGACUUGUCGAACCAAACUCGACCUUGAAGUUCCAAAACCUGUAGUCGAGGAACCGCAAAGGAUGCUUUUCAUUCCGAAGAAGCGUACUUCUGUUUCGGGGCCAAGUGACUCCCCCUAUCCGGAAAUUAGACAGCCUCCUAAAUCUCUAGACGUAGUUGAGGGCAACACUGCUCGGUUCUCUACAAUGAUAGUUGGAACUCCACGUCCAUUGGUUCGCUGGUAUAUCAACGGUGUCCUCGCACUCCCCACUAUCCCCCUUGAAGGCAGUACCGAAGAACCUAGAGAACUAUCCCACUUUGAUGGUCUUCUACAUCAUUUUGAGCUUCGCGACUGCCGGCCUGAGGACAGUGGGGUUGUCACGGUUGAGGCUCUUCGUGGUGAUGUUUCAGAGGACACUGCAAAAACCGAACCUAAUGCUGUCGUUACCGCUUCGGCUAACUUGAGAGUACUCCCUGCUCCUGGAAAGAUUCCACUUCUACGGCCUGUCCAAAAAACUCCAGUUCAGCAAACCAAAUCUUCACAACCGCCUGCCAUCAUACAGGGACCUAAGAACUCCACAGUUCAAGAGGGUUCAUCGGUCACUUUUACAUGUCAGAUAGCGGGAUCUCCAGCGCCUGAGGUUAUUUGGAUCUAUGACGGACAGACUGCUAUUCAACCAGGAGCAAAUUUCCACACCAUAGUGACACCCGAUGGAAAAGCCUCUCUUCGCAUUGAUCAAGUCCGACCUGAAGACACUGGUGAAUAUAAGAUUCGGGUGACUAAUCCAGAAGGUUCGGUCGAAAAAUCCGCCCGGCUUGAUGUAAUACCUGCGGAAAAGGCGCCUGAAUUUACAACGCCUUUUCCAAAGGAGAUACUGGAGCUUCCUGAAGGUAUGUCCCUCACCUUGGACGUCGAAGUAGUGGGGAAGCCAACACCCCAGCUUGUGUGGAAGAGAGAUGGUAUUCCAUUCUCUCCAAUACCCGAAAUUCAAAUCACCCAAUUGACACCUACUCACCAUCGGCUAGAAAUACUUGAACUAUUCCAAACUGACAGCUCAGAAUUCACUGUCGAAGCGUUCAACAAACUCGGCAAAGCAGUCACAAAGACGAAGUUGAUUGUGCUACCAGGAGUGAAAGAGCAGCCUCCAUUCUUCACUACGUGUCCACCUGAACGGCUAACUGUGCCCGAGACUGAUGGAACUCAAAUUGAAUUUGUAGUACGUGGAGAACCGAAACCGAAAGUUCGCUAUUUCCACAACGACAUAGAGUUGUUUCCUACACGAGUAGGCGAUUCUUCGACAAAAAGCAAAGAUAAAAGAGUGGAAGAAAAUGUAAAUGAUGAUUAUGUUUUCUUCAUAAAUGAAGUGAAUAAGGAGGACGCCGGAGAGUAUAUCAUUCGCGCCGAAAAUGAACUUGGCAUAAGCGUUUGCAAAACAGAGAUAAGAGUAGAGUCGCUUGGCCCUAAAACAAAAGUCCUCUUCAGCAAACCGCUACCACAGAAAAGAAUCAUAACGGUAGACCACAAAACCAUCUUCGAAUGCGAGGCCAUCGCAAAACAGCCAAUAAAAUUUCUGUGGUAUAUAGAUGAAAAGGAAAUAGAUACUACAACAAGAGAUGUUGUAGUCAAAACAGAAGGUCAGCGAAAAAGUACAUUAAUAAUGCCAGCGACACAAAAAGAAAAUAUUCCAAAAGAAAUUACCGUAAAGGCUAUUACAACCGAUGGCGAUUACGCAAAAUCAACAACAAAAAUAGAAUAUAUGGAGAGCAAACGAGUUCCCUUGCGAUUUGUUCAACCAUUGCAACCGACAGUGGCACCGAGCAUUGGUGAGGAC